UUUGAAGCGAUUCCGUUGACGUGGAAAAGACGAUUGAAUGCUGUGAAAGUUUUUGUGGGUUUGGAAGAAAGACAAUCAUUUCGCACUUGGAAAGGAAUUACAGUCAGUUUCCAGUGAAUAGCGUUUUUUACUUGUAAUAUGUGGAAACAGGCUGUAAGGCCUUGUCUACGUUUACCAAAUUUUCGUUUUGACUGGACUUCUUUUAACGUCCUUUCUGCACAGAAAAGAUGGGUCAAGUCCUUUUCAACUGCGGUAUCCAUCAAAGAGGACCCAUUCUGGUCAGCCCCUUUAAAAAAAGUUUUGAAGAAUCAUCCAGAAACCCAAUAUGCUUAUCCCGACAGCACAACGGUAUUGGAAUGUGCACGAGGCUUGGUGAGGGAUGACUUGUCAUCGGUGCUUGUUUUUGAAAACGUUCAAGAUAAGUUGCGUUGGAUUGGCAUCUUUUCAGAGAGAGACAUUGUUCGUAAGGUAGCUUCUCAAGGUUUGCCGUUGGAAAAGACCCAAUUGAAGAAAGCGUAUACUACACGAGAUCGAGUGGAGACUAUCACCGUCGAUAAGACUGUACAAGACGUGGUCGAUAUUUUGGUUUCAAAGGAUGUACAAAAUAUCGCAGUUUUGUAUCAAAAGAAACAUGGCGACGCCUUUAGAGAAGAUUGCUAUGUAUCCCAGAAAAUGAUCGCUCCUUUUUUUGAACAACAAACGGUAAAGGAUGUCCUGGAGAGUAAAGGAUUGGAUAGAAGUGGAGACAAUACGGUUUAUCAGAUACAUCAAUCCGUUAGCGUAGAUGAGGCAAUUCAAAAGAUGGAUGAUCACAAAGUUGGCACUUUAUUAGUUACUCAGAGUGAAAGCAAUCGGCAUUCUAUUGUUGGUCUGUUAACAGAACGUAAUUUCAUACGCAAAUGUAUUUUGCAAGGAAAAAAUAGUCGAGAAACUCUCGCAAGUGAUAUUAUGAUUCAAGACUUGCCGUGCAUUCAUUUAAAUACAAAAGUUUCACAGUUGUUGACAAUCUUCGGUACGAUGGGUGAAAGAAGUCUACCAGUUGUGUGUCAAGAGUCGUCGAUAGAUGACAUGUCGAAAAUACAUCCAGAUCAAGUCGUUUUUGUUAGUGUCAAAGAAGUUCUGUCGCAUUGUUUAAUGGUUCGUUCAUCUACGUUGAGCAGUUAAUAUGCUUGACAUAGCUAAGGUUCAAAUGAAAAUUUUUUUACAAUA